AUGGCAGCACUGGAGGUGAAGGAGGCGGCGGUGGCGGAGGGAGCGGAGGCGCCGGAGGUGGCGGAGGAGGCGGAGGUGGAGGAGGCGGCGGAGGCCGCGGCGGAGGCUGUAGUGGACCUCGUCACGGCUCUGAGCAGAGGAGUGGCUCCGGUGGUGGUUUCGCGCCAGCAGCAGCAGAGCAAUCGUGAGACCCUGUCCCCUCAGCAGCUUCGUGAGUGGUACGCUGCGCGUCAGCGCGGUGGGGGUACGGGUCCCUGCACCUACGUUCUCCGCACCGACAACCGCGCUGGUGAGCAGUGCGGUGGCCCGCACUCCACCCAGCGCUGCUUCGGCCGCCUGACAGAAGCGUGGCGUCACCAGUUCCCUGGGGCCUCUAAGAUCCCUCACUGGGGAGAGCUGUCUAGGGCAGGGGUUGCUAUCUUGGAUCUUGAUUUUGAUGCUAUUCUUGCUGCCAUGUAUGCUGUUGAUCAUAGUGUUGCGGGUGACUGUUACCUGUGUGUACCGCCUGACCCAAACAUUGAGGCUGCUGCUCUAGGUGCUAGUGCGUAUGCUGCCCUAGGUGCUAGUGCGUCUGCUGCCCCAGGUGCUGGUGAGUCUGCUCUCUCAGGUACUACGUCGGCUCAGGCCUUACACACCUUCACCCUUGACUCAGGUGCGUCCCGCUCCUUCUUUCGAGACCGCAACAUUCUUACGCCGCUCAGUCGGCCAGUUGAAGUCUCCCUUGCGGACCCCUCUGGGGGUCCUGUCCUUGCUAGCUUCUCCACUGUCUUACCAUGCCCGGCAGCCUCCUCUGGCACACUCCGACAAUUGGCCACGUUCACCCGUCGGCCGAGGUCGAGCCUGUACACCCUUACUACUGAGUCUCCUCCGGCUACUGAUUCUGCCCAGGUAGCUGCGUCGAGUCAGGCGUUUGCUGCAGCGUCCAGGUCUGGUUUUGAGUCUGCUCCCUGCUCGUGUCGUCUCCUGUCCCACCAGACUCUCCUUUGGCACCACCGCCUUGGUCACCCCUCCCUGCCUCGUCUCCGAGGCAUGGCCUCCCGUGUCCUUGUCUCUGGUCUCCCUCGGUCUCUCCCUCCCCUACCUGCGGGGCCUGGCCCUACCUGCAUCCCCUGCAUCGAGGGGCGACAGCGCGCCGCCCCUCGCUCCUCCGAGUUUCCUCCGACAGAGGCUCCGCUGCAGACUCUUCACAUCGACGUGUGGGGCCCCGCCCGCGUCAGUGGGCAGGGGCGCGAGCGGUACUUCCUGCUGGUGGUUGACGACUACUCGCGUUACACCAUAGUCUUCCCCUCUCACAGCAAGGGUGACGUCACUGAGGGCAUCCGCCAGACCUUCACGCUUCCGGCCUCUCCACAGAAAAAUGGGAUUGCUGAGCGCCGCAUUGGCAUGGUCAUGGACGUCGCUCGUAUGUCUAUGAUCCGUGCGGCUGCCCCCCAUUUUCUGUGGCCGUUUGCGGUUCAGUAUGCCGUGCAUCAGCUCAACCUUCAGCCCCGGGUCUCCUUGCCAGAGACCUCCCCCGCCUUGCAGUUGACCGGGAAGAUUGGCGAUGCGUCAGCGUUUCAGAUCUGGGGAUCUCGGGCGUUUGUCCGCGACUUAUCUACGGACAAACUGUCCCCCCGUGCUGUUCCCUACGUCUUCCUUGGCUUCCCCACUGACUCGCCUGGGUGGCAGUUUUACCACCCCACCUCGCGCCGUGUUCUGUCCUCCCAGGACGUCACCUUUGACGAGUCGGUGCCUUACUACCGUGUGUCCCAGGUAGACCAAGUCGAGGCUGUCGAUGCAGCUGUUGACUCUGCUGCUGCUAGACGUACUGAGCCUGCGGGUGCCGGGUCUGAGGGUGCUGAGACUGGGGGUGCUGAGACUGGGGGUGCUGACUUGGGGGCGCUGGGUCUGCUCGAGUGGCCGCCGGCGGUGCUUCGUCGAGGCGGGAGCUGCUCUCUCCGCCAGAGCUACGCGAGUGGUUUACCCGCCGCUAGAGAUGUGCUGCUGGAGCUGGAGGUGCUACUGGAGCUGCUGGGGGUGCUGGCGCUGGUGCGUCUAGGGGUGCUGCUGAGGCUGCUGGAGCUGACGGUCCUACUGGAGCUAGUGCUGUUGGAGCUGGAGCUGCUGGAGCUGGAGCUACUGGGGGUGUUGGCGCUGGCAGUGCUGCUGGCGCUAGUGCUUGUGAGGGUGCUGGAGUUGGCGCUGUUGGAGUUGGAGGUGCUGCUGGCGCUGGUGUUGCCGCUGGCGGUACUGGUGCUGUCCUUGCUGGUUCUGGAAGCGCUGCGCAGCCGAGACCGAGGUCUUGCUGAGCGUCGUGAGCCUGCGUCUCGUCCUGCGUUGCCUGUUCAUGCUGCUCACACUAGUGGUCGUACUGCGCGUCCGCGUCCGGGUGCGGUCCCCGGCACACACCAGAUGGUGCUGCGUCCUUCCACUGCUCCUCUGCGUGUCCCGUUGCCGUCUCCUCCAGAGUCCUCUCGUCCUUCUCUUGCUGACUCGGAGUCUGACUCUCUUCAUGCUGCUAGUCCUUCUGUCACGCGUCUCCUGGCUACUGUUGUCACUGACCCUUCCUUUGAGUCCAUUGCUGUCACGGACGUCCUUGAGGACAGGCAGGAGGAGUUCCAGUGCUUUGCUGCUGCUUUGCCCCAUCUCGUGUCCACGCUGAUUGCCCCUGAGGGAGACCCGGAUGCACCAGACAUCCCGACUCCUCGAUCGUACGCUGAGGCGAUCGAGGGUCCCUACUCCUCAAAGUGGCAGUUGGCCAUGGACGCAGAGAUGGCUUCCUGGAAGUCCACAGGCACUUACGUCGACGCAGCUCCCCCCCCUGGGGCGAACAUCCGCGACUACGAGCUUCACUCUCUUGACUUCACCACUACUUUCCUGCAGGGCAGCCUGCACGAGGAGAUCUGGCUGCGCCGCCUCCCUGGCUUCACUGGGUCGUUUCCUCCUGGUACCCAGUGGAGCCUCCGGCGGCCAGUCUACGGUCUCCGCCAGGCGCCCCGUGAGUGGCACGACACACUGAGGACUUUACUUGCGGCUCUUGGGUUUGCUCCCUCUACAUCGGACCCGUCGCUGUUUCUGCGCACCAACACCUCUUUACCGCCGUUCUACAUCCUCGGCUCCGGUUGUGAGGCUGAGAUCUACGCAGGGGCCAUGGCUGCACAGGAGCUCCGCUGGCUCACCUACCUGUUGACUGACCUAGGAGAGCCGCCUCGUUCUCCUCCAUUUCUGCACGUAGACAACAAGGCCAUGCUGGCCUUGUGUCGGGAGCACAGACUGGAGCACAGAACGAAGCACAUUGCUCUCCGCUACUUCCUGGCUCGUGAGCUGCAGCAGCGUGGUUAG